UCAUUUCCCCAUUUUUCAGGCGGAAAAACACACUUUAUCUCCGGGUUCUUAGGAUCGAGAAUCACGCCUUGACAGUGGUGAAGGUUCUGGUAGCCGCGCGAUGGGGUAUGCCAAGAAGGUUUGAUCUCGUCUCCGAGUGGGAGUUAGGGUUUGAAGACCUCCAGGACUCUGGAUUUCUUACGGUAUCAUUUAACUCUAUGCUACUGCAUGAAUGACCAUGGCUUCCAAUGGUGGCCUACCUUUCAAAGUUGGACAACAAGCUGAGUUGAUAACGUUUGAAGAGGGGUUUCGCGGUGCAUGGUUCCGCUGUAAGAUACAUGACAUUAGAUUCCAAGGUGAUCAGACUGAAUGUUUGUUGGAAUUCUUUGACUUUCCAGAUGAGGAUGGGUAUAUUGAUGCUCAAAGAGAGAGUAGAACGAUGCUUAUGUUGCGGCCAUCCUUUCCUCCAUUCUAUCACCAAAGUCAACUGCCUGGCUCUUUUCCUGAAUCUGAUGUGGUAGCAAUUGUCCAUGACACUUGGAAGGUGGGUGAUUUGGUUGAUUGGUCGUUUGAUGGUUGUUACUGGUCUGGAGCAAUAACUGAUGUACUUGAGCAUGGUAAAGUCAAGGUGAAGUUACAUGAGCCACCUGCCGGAGAAGGAAAAUCAUACGAUGCUUUUGUCAAGGACUUAAGGCCAUCUUUGAGAUGGUUUCCUGAACAAGGCUGGACAGAACCGAUAACAGAACAUUGCGCUCGGUGGUUCGAUCAUUUAGUAGAAGAGUUUCCUGAUAUGCUCGUUUGCGCUCAGCAUGAAUCAGUAGCUGCAAUGUAUGCAGAAGUCUGGUAA